AUGCAUCAGCAGAACACUCCUUCUGACGCCGGCGAUCAGCAGGGUGAGUCUGGGGGGUUCAGUGAGCAGCAAGAGACAUCUGGUGGCUUUUCCGAUUCGCAGGAAACCGAGGGAGGAUUCAACAACAACGGGGAUGACACGGGCGGUCCAGGCUCUAGUUCGCAACCAGCAGCCCCCAACCCGGACGCUCAACCAGCAAACCCUAAUCCAGCCCCGAACGCACCUGCGGCUAACAACCCUGGACAGCCAAACGCUGUCCAGUACCCACCAUCAGCAAGGAACAAUCGUAACCAGCCAGCAGCAUCAGCGAACGACCCUUUCAAUCCCGAGGAUGCAUCUGUUCCAGUCAUCAAUGUUGCAACCCGUGCUAACCAAUUUCGACAAACUAUCACUCAGGACGGACUCACCGGUCAACCAUGGUUCUUCUACUCUGGACUCGAUCGAAAAAAGAAAGACAGCAUCUAUAAGCGAAAUCUUGAGGACAGACUCCAACUCGGACAUGGUACGAUGCCUUCUAUGAAUAAUGUACUACCGAACGCCGGGGGUGGGGAGUACGCGAUCGAGUACAAUGCGUUCCAAACUCUCUCCAGUCUUGACUACUACUGGGCUGCGAAUUCCAAAGCUUAUGCUCAAGCAGUAGAAGGAAGGGUCUACGUUGUACUUCCCAGUGGCCACGGUGUGAAUCAACCGUAUCCCGACAAGGGCUCGAAUUGGUGGACGUUCGAGGUUCCGGAUCUUACCCGUAACGCCCGUGUGGAUAGUAUCACAGUCGUGCCUGUGAAGGAAGACACUUCGAACGUCUACAUGGAGCCGGCCGAAGCUUUCCACCUUGGCGAGGAAAAUGUAAUCUGGAGGAGGGGUGACGAGCCCAUUGGCUUCCCAGCAAGUGAGCUGCAUCAUCUACAGAGGCCUGACGAGCUAUGGGAGACUGUUCAGGAUGUAUACAUUCCAAGUUCUCCAUAG